AAUAUUUUUAAUAAUCGCCAAAAAAAAGAACGAAAAAUUCUCUUCUCAUGCCUUUUGUUGUUUUUAUUUUAAAGUUUUAUUACAAAAAUGUAAUCAAAAUCAAAUGAAAAUGAUAUAAUAUCAGACGUAUCGUCCACACAAUCACAUCGAACACGAAAAAAGUUUAUUUUUGUUGAAGAUUAAGUGCGAAAAAUGUUAAACAAAAAACCGCAGCGAAUUAUACCAAAGAAAUAUUUUUUAAAACAAAUUGUGAACAAAAUAUCGACAUAAAAACAUGCUUUAAAUUAAAAAUUAAAAAAAAAAAAAACAAACGAACGAAAUUAACCGAUUCCGUUGAAUUGAUUGAAUGAUGUGUACCAAUCGAUGAAUGACUGAACAUUAAAUUUAAUCAGAAGAAGUUAUUGCUUUUUGGGGUGAAAAGUGUGUGUGGUGCUCGCAUUCCACUUUUGUUUAUGUUACCCCAAAAUUGUCGCAUAUGACACCGUUCGGAUCACCAUCAAAUCAGUCGAAAGGACAUAAACAGCUGAUUUCAUUAAUAAUGCCCAGAAAUCGUUGUUGAAAUUUUAAGCGAAAUAAGUGAGAAAAUUAACCGAGAAAUUUCUGCUAAUCAGAAAAACAAGUGUCCACAAUACCAAAAGUGACAAAAUCGUCUCCUGUGUGGUUCCACAAGUGAUAAACGAUAUGCCAGAGCAAAGCAAUGAUUAUCGAGUCGUGGUAUUUGGGGCUGGUGGCGUUGGUAAAAGUUCUUUGGUCUUACGAUUCAUAAAAGGUACAUUUAGGGAGAGUUAUAUACCGACUAUAGAGGAUACAUAUAGACAAGUGAUAAGCUGUAACAAAAAUAUCUGUACAUUACAAAUUACCGACACAACUGGCUCACAUCAAUUUCCAGCGAUGCAACGGCUGUCCAUCACAAAAGGACACGCUUUCAUACUGGUCUAUUCGGUAUGUUCACGACAAAGUCUGGAAGAACUGCGACCCAUAUGGAGUCUCAUCAAAGAACUGAAGGGACAGGAAAUUACUCAAAUACCAGUGAUGCUGGUUGGUAACAAAUGUGAUGAAAAUAGUCUGCGUGAAGUUCCUGAAUUGGAUGGCAAAGCGGAAGCCGUGUCGUGGAACGUUUCGUUCAUGGAAACAUCGGCGAAGAACAAUACAAAUGUUACUGAAUUGUUUCAGGAACUGUUGGAAAUGGAAAAGACAAGGAGUAUAUCGUUACAAUUAGAUGGUAAGAAGAAUAAAAAUAAAAAACCAAAGAAGAAAGACGUAUCAAAUGGUGGUAGCGGUGGAAAUGUGGAAGGCGGUGAAGGUAGUAGUGGAAAUGCUAAGGAAAAAUGUCACGUUAUGUAAAGGACAUCUAUCUCUACAUAUAUAUAUAUAUAUUCUCUAUCUAUCUAUCUCCAGUGAUAUAUGGAAAUUUGUAAAA